CGACUGUGUCUGACAGUGCAGGGCGCCAAAUCAACAUAGCUAAUACGAAACAGUGGAAAAUAUCCCUCAUCUAAACGUGUCUGUGUUCGUGGAUUAGAGACUUCAGCCGUGAAUUACUCACCAGAGAACAGUGCAGUCCAUCUCCUCGAGCUGACGUCACAUUCCCAGCCGCCUUCAGAAUGGGUUUAAUCGAGCGGUGCCAGGAGCUUUUCAGGACCUCCAACCUGUACGAUGUGCUCGGAUCCACCAAGUCUGCGACCGAGGCAGAGCUGCGGAAGAGCUACUACAAAAUGUCCCUGAAAGUCCACCCGGACCGAGCUCCUGAAGAUCCGCUGGCCACGGAGAAGUUCCAGGUUUUGGGGAAACUUUACGCCGUGCUGAGCGAUAAGGAGCAGAGAGCGGUUUAUGACGAGCAGGGAGUCGUUGACGAAGAGGCCGACGGCCUGGACCAGGACCGCUGCUGGGCUGACUACUGGAGACUGCUGUUCCCUGAGAUUACUGUGAAGGACAUCCUGGCCUUUGAGGAGAAGUACAAGGGCUCUGACGAGGAGAGGCAGGACCUGCUGCGGCUGUACGUCACACACGAGGGAGACAUGGACCUUAUCGCGUUGUGGUUGAUGUGCUUCACCCAGGAUGAUGAGCCCAGGAUCAGAGGCAUCAUCCAGGACGCCAUCCAGAACGGCGACGUGGAGGCUUUCCCAGCGUUCACCCAGGAGAGCGAGAAGAAGAAGAAAUCGCGGAGGAAGAGGGCUGACAGAGAGCGCCAGGAAGCAGAAGAACUGCAGAGAGAGCUGGGUCUGGAUGAUCAGGACGAUAGUCUGGAGAUGAUGAUCAAGAAAAAUCAGAGGUCAAGACAGCAGAAUCUCAACGGUUUUCUGUCCGACCUGGAAGCCAAAUACUGCAAAAAGAGUGGCAAAUCUCAAAGAGGGAAAAAAGGCAAGAAGUGAGGACAGUCUGAGCAGAGAUAAUGUAAAUAUAGACAAUAGACAGUGAUUGGUUUCAGUUGAGAUGUUCAAAAGUUGUUUCCUCUUUCCACAUAUUUACACUUACCAAACUGUUAAACAUCGACUGGUUUGUAUUUUUAGUUUUUGUGUUAAUAAAGUACUUGUAUAAAUGUG